AUGGACCCCCUCGACCUCUACGCAGACGACAAUCUCGUCACCGCCGCAGCGGCCUACGUAAAAGACUACAUGUCUAACUACGAUGCCUCUCACGACUGGUCGCACAUCCUCCGCGUCCUUGCCCUCGCCCACAAGAUCUACAACGACCCCACCACCAACACCAUCGCAGCCAGCAAGCCGGCCCUCUCCCUCCGCAAAAUCACCCUCGCCGCCCUCCUCCAUGACGUCGGCGACAAGAAGUACCUCCAGCCAGGUCAAGACCACACGCGCCUCGUCCAUGACGUCCUCCUCGAGCGUGGCGCCCCGGAAGCCCUGGCCGUCGAGAUUCAGACCAUCUGCCUCGGCGUCAGCUACUCCUCCGAGGUCAAGGACCCGAACGCCGUUGUCGCCCUGCUCGCGCGCGUCCCGGAGCUCGCCGUCGUGCAGGACGCCGACCGGCUCGAUGCCAUCGGCGCCGUCGGCGUGGGCCGCUGCUUCACCUUUGGCGGCGCCAAGGGCGGGGGCCGGGGUCUCCAGGGGGCGAUAGACCACUUUGAGGAGAAGUUGCUGCGGAUCGAGGGCAUGAUGAAGACGGAGGCUGGCAGGCGCCUGGCGGCCGAGAGGACGGAGAGGCUGAGGGUCUUCGAACAGUGGUGGAGGGACGAGACGGCGUAG